CGCGUCCAGACAUGUCGACAGUGAGUGGUGGGGGCGUGGACUUGCGCUUCUGCUGUGGGCUCGGAGAGCGAAUACCUGCCGCUCGCGGCUUUUUCGCCCUAUAUAGUGCAGCGCAGGAUCGGAGGGCGGGGACGGCCGGGCGAGCCUGCCAAUGGGAGCGCGUGCCGCCACGCGUCCCCGCGAUCCCGAGGGAGCGGCGCCGCCAUAAAGGGGGAAUCCGGGGGCGGCCCGGCAACAUUCGCUCGCCGUCUGGGAACGAAGAAGCAGACAUGCCCCCCAAAGCAUCAGGAAAGGCCGCCAAGAAGGCUGGCAAGGCCCAGAAGGCCAUCGCCAAGGGUGACAAGAAGAAGAAGCGCAGGAGGAAGGAGAGCUACUCGAUCUACAUCUACAAGGUGCUCAAGCAGGUCCACCCCGACACCGGCGUCUCCUCCAAGGCCAUGUCCAUCAUGAACUCCUUCGUGAACGACAUCUUCGAGCGCAUCGCCGCCGAGGCCUCUCGCCUGGCCCAUUACAACAAGCGCUCCACCAUCACCAGUCGGGAGAUCCAGACGGCCGUCCGUCUCCUCCUGCCCGGUGAGCUGGCCAAGCACGCCGUGUCCGAAGGCACCAAGGCCGUCACCAAGUACACCUCCUCCAAAUAAGCAACCCACCAACUUGCUUGCACUGGAAAAGAACCGGCUCCAUCGGAGCCACAAA